CCGGUGUUGUCAAAACAAUCGGCCAAUCAAUUCAUCAGUCGAUACCUCCUCGGCCGGUCACUGAACGGCGCAAAAUCAGCCCUCCCUACUCCUUCUUUCACAUGCAACACCCACCAACCCUCGUCGCAACCCGACAUCGACCACGGCAUGGCAUGAAUCAUAGCCCCCACAGUCCCUUUUCAUCUAUUGCGGGACCAGUCGAGCAAGACGGAAUGGGCGCGGACGGAAUCCUGGGGAGCUUCGCGAGUUCAAGUUUGUUUCAUUGCAGCUUUUGCACCCUUGGCUGCUGCUUGCUUCUGCGGCUGGUGCUGCUGUUGGUAUUCUGGCUUCGUUUAACGCAACGCGGGCUAUUAUCGUGUCAUGGCCCUUUUCGUUGCCCUUUCGGUCUGUUUCGUUUCUCUUUUUUUCUCUGCGCUUAGGAUGGGCGCGCAUACCAACCAAAUCGACUCUCGACUCUCGACUCUCCGCUUCGGCGCCGCGCCCGCGAUCCUCAUUUCGAAAAUCAGAUCAAGACUGGAUCUGACAAGGAGGUUUCUGCUCUGAUCCGUGCUUUUAGGGGGGGGAGUUUU